AUGCCUGUCCUCCAUCAUCGACACUCAGUAUCAGAUUCACGACAAUUAGACGGUGCAAAGCAAAGUAUCAAAAGCAACAACGCCAUGGCAGACCAUUUAUGGAUCCUGGACGAGACUUACGAGAGGCCCGAGAAGGAAAGGCAUCUCCCUUCGACAACAAUCGGCAGAGUGCCCUCGAAGAAGGAUAACCCAAACCAUCUCCGCAUCGACACAUACAGCAAAGCGAAUCUUUAUGAUCGCUACAUGUCGAGCGAGGAAGAACCCUCUCCCAGUCCCGAUAGCGACACGGAGAGCAAUGAAGAGGAGCUCAAGCACAAGGUUCCAGAGAAAAUUGUCGAGGCGACUACCGAGCCAGUCACCGCCGACGAAUACGAAGCCGAGAUUGCUAUUGCUGUUCCCAUACUCGCAAUGGGCAAACCGAAGUUGGUGGACAUCACCAACCUCGCCCCAAUGCACAAACGCAAGCGAGCGGAGAAGUCGGUGCUUUCACGCUCACUUGUGAAGAACGCCACCCUCCGCAUGCCCACGGUCACAGACGAGAACAGGCCCUUCGUCGCUUCUGAAGCCACAAAGAUUGUUACUCCAGAGGCUGGUCUUCCGACGCGCAAAGCCAGCCUCCGCUCGCUAGCUCCCGACUCAUGGCUUCCUGAUGACGGUGUUCGCAUUGUGCAAGAGGAGGAGGAGGAGGAAGAUGAGCAUUACUUCCCCGAUCUUGAACUACGCAAGGCUCCCACUUACAAUGACUACGACCCAUACUCGCUCAGUCCGCCACGCCUGUCCCCUAGGAACUCAUACAACUCGACCAGCAAGAAGCCGGGUAGCGUUGCUCGGGCCAGAAACACUUCCAACCCACCCACCACCAUGAACAGUGGCUGGAAAGGGCUCACCAGGUCGAUGAGUCUGGCAAAGAAGCAGGCUCUUCAUCGAGCGGAUCAUCAAGUCUCCAAAAAACCGAAGAUGAUCGCCAGGGCGGCGGACGAGAGGGAAGAACCUCUGAUAAUACCAGCGUUUCCGUUCGGGGAUGGCAGAGGCGUGGAUUGA